AUGGAGGCGCCAGCAGACGUCGUACCGUCUGUCGAGACACUGCCUGCCGUUCAGCAUGACGACGCUAUGCCGAAAGCCGCCCUGACGCCGCCCACGAGCGAAGACAACGAUCCAAAGAGGGAGGAAAGGAUGUCGUCGGAGCUGUCUGAUAUCGAUAGCGACGAUGGCGAGGAGAUUGAACCGGAUCACUACUGGGAAGGAGGAAAGAUACCCGUCUUCAAGCCGACAAUGGACCAAUUUCGCAAUUUCAAGCGCUUCAUCGACAAGGUGGACAAGUAUGGAAUGAAGUCUGGUAUCGUCAAGGUCAUCCCGCCAACAGAAUGGCGCGAUUCUUUGCCCGAUCUCCAGGAAGCUGUCAAGUCAAUCAGAGUCAAGAAUCCAAUCACACAAGAGUUUACAGGCCAGCACGGUGUAUACACAGGAGCGAACGUCGAGAAGCAACGAUCAUACAACCUGCCAGAGUGGCGAGCUGUUACGGACGAGCCACAUCACCAACCGCCCGCGAAGCGAGGUGAGACACGCGCGGGCCGGAAAGCAGAGGCUCCAUCGCGCACACGAUCCACACGAGCCACGCCGAAGACCGAUGAUGGCACACCUGCCCCGAGGCGUAAACCCGGCCGACCUGCACGUGGACGACGCGGCGUCAAGAAGGAACAAGAGGACGAAGAAGAAGAAGAUGAGGCAGAGACCCUCGAUGUUCCUCCCACACCUACGUCUCCUGGCGCGGAAGACACAAAGCCAGCGCGACGUGGUGGCAGAGUGAAGAAGGAAGACACGCCAACAAGGCCUCGUGGUCGUCAACCCAGGGCUCAUACUGAGAAGAAGUCGGUGUCUUCUCGACGACUGAACAACAGGGGCGCAGUAAACGACUACAUCGACGAGGCGGCUUUCGAAGGUUUCGACUACCAUCUGGAGGGUCUCGAAGAGUACACUCCUGAACGAUGCAAGGAGCUUGAAGAACACUACUGGAAGACCAUCUGGAGUGGACAGCCCAUGUACGGUGCAGACAUGCCUGGCUCUCUUUUCGAUGACCGAACAACAUCCUGGAACGUAGCGAAACUUCCCAAUCUGCUGGACGUGCUUGGAACCAAAGUUCCUGGAGUCAACACUGCCUACCUGUAUCUAGGCAUGUGGAAGGCAUCGUUCGCUUGGCAUCUUGAGGAUGUUGAUCUGUACAGCAUCAACUACAUCCACUUCGGCGCACCCAAGCAGUGGUAUAGUAUCUCACAGGAGGAUGCACGCCGCUUCGAAGCGGCUAUGAAAAACAUCUGGCCGAACGAUGCCAAGAACUGCUCUCAGUUCCUGCGACACAAGACUUACCUCAUCUCUCCUCAACGACUGGAGAAAGACUUCAACAUCAAGGUUAACCGAUUGGUACAUUACGAGGGCGAGUUCGUCAUCACUUACCCUUACGGCUACCACUCUGGGUACAACAUUGGCUACAACUGCGCAGAGUCGGUCAACUUUGCUACUGAGAGCUGGUUAAGCUAUGGCAGGAUCGCCAAGAAGUGUGACUGUGAGCCGGACAGCGUAUGGGUCGAUGUUAACGAGAUCGAGCGCAAGCUGCGAGGCGAGCCCACACCUGAGUACUACGAAGAGACUGAUGAUGAGGACGAUGAAGAAGAUGGCGCUGAUCGCCUCCCAAGUCCUCCAGCCAGUGUUGCUGGGAAGACGAAGAAGAAGCCUGGUAGGAAGCCUGCCGCUAAGCGAAAGCGCGGGAAAGACGAGCCACAAGAACCAGCAAGGCCGAAGAAGCUCAGGAAGAUCCGUAUUCGUCUCAAGAUUCCCGGUCGCGGCAUGCCGUGUAUCUUGUGUCCCAACGAUGUCGAUUACGACGAUCUUCUGCCCACCGACAAUGGCAUGAAGGCUCAUCGUAUUUGCGCCGACUACACACCAGAGACAUAUAUCUCGAACGAGACCGUGUGCAACGUUGCCAACAUCGGCAAGGAUCGUCUGGAGCUCAAGUGCAACUACUGUCGCUCGAAGCGCGGUGCUGUCUUCCAGUGUUCUCAGAAGAAGUGUACCAGGGCUUUCCACGCUACAUGCGCGGUUGCAGCUGGUGUACAGGUCGACCUGGGUACCAUGCAGACGUUCGAUGCAGAGGGCACAGAGUACUUCUACGACGGCUACGACUUCCGCUGCCGCUUCCACCGACCGAAGAAGAGGAACAACAAGACUGUCGAUGUCGAUGCACUGGAGAAGAACAAAUUCAUCCUCAAUUACGGCAAGGCCCUCAAGCCGAAGGAUGUUAUCCAGUUCCAGUACGUCGGUGGAGAGAUGUAUCAGAUCUACGGUGCACAGGUUGUUGAAAACAGACCUGGUGAGCAGUCUGUCCUUGUGGACGUGCUUCCUGAUGGCGACCGCGUGGAGGUCGAGUGGAAGUACAUUUUGAAGUUGCACCCAGACGAGUCGCAACGACCGAAACCAUCUGCGAAUGCUCAGCCGUUGCCGGAGCAUCUCAAAGAGAAUGACGCAUCGCUCGACAUCACCAACCGGACAGAUGGUGUUCCUGAGAUGGGCGAUCCGUUCCAUGAUCCCAACUCGGAACAGAAGUGGGCCGAGUGGAAUACUGCACCUGAAGUCACACGUAGGGUUGCUAAGGUUGACUUCACCAAGGAGAAUAGACUGUGGUACUACCUUGGCAAGCCUUCGACCGAAGCCAAACCACAGUACACUGAAGAUUUGUCGAAGCCAAGGAACAACCCGAGGAGCAACUUCCUGGACACUGUCAAGCCUCCACCUCCGCCAGUCCCAACCUUCCAGCGACAGUCAUACCCAGCAUCGUAUCCGAUCAAGCCAGCGCCUCUUAGUAUGGCACCGUACACGCCGAUGAUGCAGCAACAGAUCGCUCCUGCUGGUCAAAGACCGUAUACGUACAAACCAAAGGACGGUAUGAUGACUACCUGGAAGUCACCAGUGUACAACCCAGAUACCCGGCAGAACCCCAACUCUCCUGUGGCACACCAACCGAAUGUCAGCUACGACUACAGGGCUGGCCCUCAAUACGGAUAUCCUUCACCUCGUCCUCUGCCACAGCAGCAGCAAUACCAGCCCUCGAUAACUCCAAAGCCAUCGGCACAGUUCCAGUCGCCCGAUGCCUUCCAGCGAGGCCUCACCCAAGCCUCGUCUUCCGCAACGGGAGCACCGAAGUGGGAGCAGAUGCUCAAGCAACUAGCCACAUCGACUGGUCAUGUAGCCACACCGUCCGCAACGACAUCACAUACGCCGCAGUAUCCACCUUUACCACGCUCAAGCACGAGCUAUGGCAUGCCAAACGCACCGAGCCCGUUCCAGAAACACACUCCGCCGCUGCCGCCACCGACAGAGCCGCAGCGCCCGAUACCAAGCCCGAUCAGCGAUGACGGGAAGGGUGGAGUGGUGGCUGCGAAACCGGUACUGCCUCCGCCGCCGGCGAUGCAACCUGCGCCAGGACAGGUGCAUAGUGCGGAGACAUGGCGGUUUUCUCAAUAG